GAUUAAAGAAGGCGCUGACUUUGUGGUCGAUCUGCUAUUCAGACUUUUCAGUUGUCGAAUAUACAUACAUAGUCGCAUGCGUUUUUAGCUCCGAUAAAAUGGGGAAAAAAAAUAAAUCCAAAACGGAUACAAUCAAAAAGAAAGUGCCUGUCGGUGAAGCUAAAAAAGCACCUGAAACUUCUCUUGUCGCGGAACCGAAAUGCCCAGAACCCAAGGAUCCUCCUUGUAAGAUAAGCAUGGAGAAGGCUAAGAAGCACGAAGACCAAAUGUCCGCUCUGGCCUCCAUGCCUGAGCGUUUGGACCAGAAAAUCCAGAGCAUCAAGGCUGUGCAGCAGCAAUACUCCAAGCUGCACCUGCAGCAGUUGGUCCUCCUCGACGAUUGCAUUGAAUUCCUUCAGGAACUUAACGCGGUUCAACCCGGCAACGUCCUCGAGCAGAAGAUAUUCCUGGACACUUUUAUCGAAGUCAACGCCAAGCUAUCGGAGGUAUUCGAGAACAUUCUUCCCGCUCAGUUGGAUAUGCUGAAGUUACGAACCUAAGAACUUGCAUUUAUCCAACCAGUUGUCCAAAUAAUUUGCUACUUUGAGUUAUAUAAAAAUGCAGAAUAAACGAA